AUGAAAAUCAUUUGGAAAUUUUGGGAAAAACUUAUUUUUCUACUACCCCUAUUGGCCAAGGGAUUGCCCUUGAUUCGGGCGGAUAGUAGUAGUCUCGGUCAUGAUGAAUCCUGUUGGCUAAGUUCGGAGGUGUGUAAUAUUCGUGCUGAGUUAUAUCAAAAUUUGGAAUCCUCUAGCAAUGGCAUUGCAAUGGAUAUCGAUUGUUCGGAUAAAAUUAAUGGAAAUUUGGAAAAUAACGCAGACGAACUACCCGAGGAAGAUGUUUCAACAAAAUCAGCCGCAUUUUCCGUAUUGUGGCAACGUCGUCGUUUCAUGGGCAUACAAUCUGUAAUAUUGGAUGGCUGCCAAACACCACUGAAUACACAAACGUAUGGUUUGGAAUUUUUACCCAUCUGUGCAAAUGUUACCAAAGUGGCAUUACAACAUUUCCAUAUGGACUCGUUGGGGCCACUGCGGUGUGAUGCCGCAUCCACACAACAACUUGAAUUGGAAUAUUUGCAUUUGCAGUACAAUGAAAUUGCCAGUAUUGAUGAUGAUACGUUUCAAGGUCAACGAUAUCCUCAAUUAAGGAUCCUUGAAUUGAAGAGUAAUUCAUUAAGGGUGUUGCAGAGUAAAUCUUUACAGCCGCUAAGGGCCUUAGAACAUUUGACGAUCAUCCAAGAACCUGUACUCAUUUUGAAAUCUGCUGAUUUAUUUGAACACACCGCUGCCAUCAGCAUACAUUUGGUGGAACUCAAACAGAUGACGUCAGCAAUUUUCCGCCACUUGCCCGAAACGCUGCAAACACUUUAUGUUUCCGAUACGGUAAUUGAAAAUGGUGAGGGAGGCGACGGCGGAUAUGUCGAAUUAAUCAAUCCCCAUGCUCUUGGCAAUCUAACAAUAGCUCGUUGUGCUCUGCGGGCCUUUACCCUAAUCGAUGACCAUUCAAGCUUGGCGGUGCUUAAUUUACACGGUAAUGCAUUGCAGGAAUUUCACGCCUAUGAAAAUCAAUUGAAAGACUUAGAUUUAAGUUCGAAUCGUUUGGAGUAUUUUCCCCAUGAAUGGCUGGUGAAUUUAACCACCCUCGAACGUUUGUCACUGAAAUCAAAUCGUAUACAUCGCAUAUCGCUUCAACAGCUAAUGGUCAGCCUACCACUUGCCCACCAUGUGGAUUUACGUGAAAAUCAGCUACAAUCGCUAAACGAAGUUGAUGGAGAAUUUCCAACAUGGCAAACGUUGCAAAUGUUACGCAUAAAAGCCAAUCACAAUCCAUGGGAUUGUCUAUGGUUACAUGAUUUUGCCCAUAAAUAUCCCGAGAAAUUCCGUUUACUACAAUAUGAUAAAUUUAUAUCGAGAAUAAAUGUUAAUGGACUGGAAUGCGUGCCGGCAGAAAAUCCCCCGAAGGCAAGCCAAGAGGCAAGAAAACCACAACAGCAACAACAACAGGAAUUAGAAGAAUUAACUCAAAGCACUGCUUCAACACCAACAGCCCAUGCUACUCCCGCCACCCCCCAAAUCCCUCUAAAUAACAUUUCCUCUUUUGCCGUGCUCUACACGGCCGGUGGACCCAAUGGCGAUCAAUGGGAAUUUAAACGCAAUCAACGGGCCGAGGCCCUUAUCAUCGUUUUCAUGUUACCUCUGGGUAUAGCCUUCCUGUUCCUGCUGCUCUAUAUGUGGAUCUAUUGUCAGAAAAUGUUCCACUUAUCGUAUUAUAAAAAUUUCUCAUGUGUAAGGAAUCAGGUACCCACUACCUCACAACGUUUUGAUGUGGUACGACAAUUGCCACCAAUAACAAAUGGACCAAAUGCUGAUCAUCAUAUAUCGCCGCCUGCAAUUUGCAAUGACCCCGGGGGUUAUGAAGUCCCCCUGCAUGGUAUGUGUUCGGAAUGCAACUGUAAAUCAUUGGCCUAUGCCAAUCAAGCGGAUAAAUGUCAAAAAACCGUGCACAUAACAUAUGGCGAUACAUCACCUCAGGAGUUACCGCAUCAAAUCUAUGAAGAGAUAAUAAGUGUUAGUGAUAAUGAAGAACAAAAACAACAACAAUUAGAUAACCAAAAAUCACCACUACAACAACAACCUCAUCAUGUACACUACGAUCAUUUGCAAUUUGAAUAA